AUGGCAAAAGUCUCUCAGCGGAGCAAGAAGAAAACCGUUGAGGAUGAAAUCAGCGAUACAACAGCGUCUGCAUCUGCGUCCGUUGUCUUUAAAUCCAAACGCAAACGGAAGACGCCGCCUCGAGACGCUCCUACUCAACGCAGCUCCUCUUUCAGAGGCGUCACCAGGCAUAGAUGGACAGGGAGAUACGAAGCUCAUUUGUGGGAUAAGAACAGCUGGAACGAGACACAGACCAAGAAAGGACGUCAAGAUUGGAUUCCGAUGAUGUCGGAAACUCCUUCUUCUCCGGACAGACUUCUUCCUCACUGUUCUUGA